AUGCGUUAUUACUGUGCCUACUUGCCGCGCAGGUUCGACGGUCGCCCUCAUGCAGCGUUCGGCGAAGGGGAUGUCGGAGUGCCACAACGCUCGUGUCCCUCCACCCCAAAGCAAGGGACCGAUCGUCUUGUGGACAAGGGGCGCGAGUGGUUUGGACCGUGCACCAGAGGCAUCAGGCUCGUGAUUUCGCAGGAUGACAUGGAGUCGGUUUCUUCUUUGUUCGGGCAAAUUACGGCUCUUAGACGGGGUGGCCUGUCUCCGAAAGAUGACGAGAACAAAUUGGACGCACACGUGCGAGUGGUCAUGCGCAUCAUGAAGGAGCGGUUGGCCUCGCUGACGGAGGGCCCCCUGCAAGAUGCUGAGGUUGUGAUGGCGAAGCAUGGCCUCUACAGCAUCUGCUUUCAGGAGCUAAUUUCGAUCACUUGCGCGACGAAUCCUGACCUCAGCUGUGCCUUAGAGAGCCUCCGCGACGCGCACGACGGCCUUCUGCAAGACGUGCCGGGGAUAGUCCAACGGACGCUAGACGAGAACCAACAGGGUGUUUCUUCUACCUGCGUUACACGUUCGCUGCAGGAGAUAUCCUCUUUACGGGACAGCAAGGAAAGUGAGGCCAGAGAAGCCGGAGAACUCGUUCAGGCGGCUCAAGCACUAGAGAGAGAGACCGUGGCACAUCACCAGGAACUGCGACAGUUGCACCGGCGACUGAACGAGCUCGAGGACGAGAACGCCGCUUUGAAGACCACGCACUACGCUGGGCACUCCUCACUCCAAUCAAGGCCUCGGACACCUCUCCACAAACCGAUACCGGACGGGUUCACCUGUUCUACCACUUCAAGCGCGAGGGAAAAACAUCACGCCCUUCCAUCUGCAUCGAUUACUCGAUACCACGGAGGAGAAGGGGAGGGGGGGGGUAUAACACCCGAGGAGGGAAUUACGCCCGAGCCGUCCUUAGAACAUGUUCGAACAGUCUGGUUUCGCUGGGACCAAGGAGGGGAUGGUGAGACUGCGGACGGAAAGGCAGCGCCAACACCGGCAGUGGCGAUGGCGAUCAACGGCACGCGGGAGCUCUCUCUCAAACAGCUUCACGACUUCAUCGCUUCAGUGUACGCCUCUAAGGAGAAGUACGACCUUCGUUGCACCACCCAACGUUUGCCGAGCCAAACCUUGGCCAGACACCUUGACGACUUCCUGGUGCACAGAUAUGGGUUGACUUCGAUGGCGAGAUCUCAAGCGGCAGCGUUGCGACUAGGAGUCCAGAGAUAUAGAAACGCUGACAACGCGGUGAAGGUGUUCGAGAUGACUCUCCGAAACGAGGUUGAUGAGGGCUUCCGGGUCGAGCAGCGGAAGCUCGAAAGGACCGUCUUGGACCUCAUUCGCGUCAGGAUUCGAGAGAGGACAGAACGCCACGACAAAAUCCCCAAUUAUCAUGACCGUUACAGCUACCGCCGCUUGGGCGGUACUAGCAUCAGCAAGGUCGCGGCAGGAAACAGCGGCAGCGGCCCUAGCAGUAGUGGAGACCAUCGGCAAGGAGGUGGGGGUGCUCAUUGGUACUCCGGCGCUGGGGCUUCGUCCAACGCCACCACGGAGUCUCUUCUCCGCAGUCAGACUCGUCCGGGUGCGCUACUCGCUGCGGCAGACUGGCAGGCGGUGGUCCAGCACGUGCACAAGGGAGCAGAUGUGCAAACGGUUUUAUUUCUGAUCAAGGAGGCCAUUUCGACGCGGGGCAGUCGCAGGGAUCGAGUCGACGGCAAGCCGAAGUCGGGCAAAGGGGGAAGCGCAGCGGGAAUGGGACAGCAGUCGGUGCCGUUCGGUGUUUUUCUGGAGGUUCUUCUCGGAUACCAGCUGCAUGGGUAUCUACGACGUUUGAAUAUCUUCAGGGAAGAGUUUCGAGAGGCCGACGUCAAUGCUGAUGGUGUCCUUAACCCCGUCCAGUUUCUGGCCCUCGCUAAGCGCAUGCUGCGGCGGACACAGAGAACGACGACACCCUCACGACAGGACACAGCGCAGAGACACUCCACGAAUGGUUCUCCAACGACACCGGGAACUAAUGGUCGACACCGCCAAGCUGGGCCGGCGACAAAGGCGAACCUGAGCUGUGUAGAGAAGAUAGCAGCAACCCACCUGCGGGCCGCCGAUCCCCACGGCUUUGGAGUAAUCACUUUUUCUCAGUGUGUUUUGCAUCUGGCAAGUAGCGUUGCAUAA